ACCUGAACCCAGCUAAGAACACGUUGUGAGUUUUGCAUGUCCAGAGUCGAGGUCCACAGGAGAAACUCACUCACACUCUUCGAUAUCUUUCUAUCUGUCCCUUCUUUGAGAGUCGCAAGUAUUUGUGACUUUUGAACCUGGUGAAUACGGCAGGUGGCAUCAGCAAAUAAAACAAAGGAAGCCACGUUUCAACCGCCGCACCGCAUAGUCGACCCGUCCCUUCCCUAACCCUGGCCGGAGCCUUCUCACGCGUAUUAAUAACACUCGACCUGGCUGGUAAUUUAACAUAGAAUUGCGACUUGAGCCUCAGAUAAGACAACAUCAACCCCACCACCGACAGCCUACCAUGGAGAACUCCUCCGCGCGGCCUAUACAGGACGUCCUCGCCAAUUUUGGCGUUGAUGCCACCGCUGGUCUCACAGAUGCGCAGGUCAUUGACUUGCGAACAAAGCAUGGAAAGAAUGCCAUUGCGGAAGAACCCCCGACGCCUCUAUGGGAACUCAUCCUUGAGCAGUUCAAAGAUCAACUUGUUAUAAUCCUUCUCGGCUCUGCCGCUGUUUCGUUCGUGCUGGCGCUCUUUGAAGAGGAGGGCGGCUGGGGUGCAUUCGUGGAUCCUGCAGUCAUCCUGACCAUUCUCAUUCUCAACGCCGUCGUCGGUGUCUCCCAGGAAAGCAGUGCUGAGAAGGCUAUCGCUGCCCUUCAGGAGUACUCGGCGAACGAGGCCAAGGUGAUCCGAAACAAUGGCCAUGCUACUAGAGUCAAGGCAGAAGAGCUGGUUCCUGGUGACAUCAUUUCCGUCUCCGUCGGCGACAGAAUUCCCGCCGACUGCAGACUCAUCUCGAUCGAAAGCAACAGCUUCUCUGUAGACCAGGCUAUCCUGACUGGCGAGAGUGAAAGUGUCAACAAAGACCACAAGGCUAUUGUCGAGGAUGACAAGGCUGUGCUUCAGGAUCUUGUCAACAUUCUCUUCUCUGGUACUACUAUUGUUACGGGUCGCGCCAAGGCUGUCGUUGUCUUGACUGGUUCCAAGACGGCUAUUGGUGAUAUUCAUGAGAGCAUUACUGCCCAGAUUUCGGAGCCGACUCCCCUGAAGCAGAAGCUGAACGAUUUUGGUGAUUCUUUGGCCAAGGUUAUUACUGUCAUUUGUGUUCUUGUUUGGUUGAUCAACAUUCCUCACUUCGCAGACCCCAGCCACGGAAACUGGACCAAGGGUGCUAUCUACUAUCUCAAGAUUGCUGUUUCACUCGGUGUCGCUGCUAUUCCAGAGGGUUUGGCAGUUGUCAUUACCACAUGUCUCGCCCUUGGAACACGAAAGAUGGCUGCCAAGAACGCUGUUGUGCGAAGUCUGCCCUCCGUCGAGACCCUGGGAAGCUGCAGUGUCAUCUGCUCUGACAAGACCGGUACUUUGACAACUAACCAGAUGAGCGUUGGAAAGCUUGUCUUCAUCAGCGAGAACCACUCUGAUUUGGAGGAACUCGAUGUCGAGGGCACCACUUUCUCUCCCAAGGGCGAUAUCAAGCGCAACGGCAAGCUUGUUUCAAACCUUUCAGAAAGCUCAAGCACCAUCCGUCAGAUCAACGAGGUUGCGGCUCUUUGCAAUGAUGCUCGUCUGGCUUACGAUGCGCGCGCUGGCAACUUCUCCAACGUUGGUGAGCCCACUGAAGGCGCCCUCCGUGUCCUCGCCGAGAAGAUCGGACCGUGUGCUCCUAGUAGUGCCAACCCCGAGGACUGCCUUCACCAUGCCAGCGCCAUCUACGAGCAGCAAUACCCCCGCCUCGCCACCUUUGAGUUCUCUCGUGACCGCAAGAGCAUGUCUGUUGUAGUCCAGGAUGGUCAGAAGAAGAAGCUUCUAGUCAAGGGUGCCCCUGAAUCUAUCAUCGAACGUUGUACACACACUUUGGUCGGUACCGCUGGAAAGCGUGUCCCCAUGGACAAGAAGCUCUAUGACCUCCUCAUGAAGGAGGUUGUUGAGUACGGCAACCGUGGUCUUCGUGUGAUUGCGCUUGCCAGCGUUAGUGAUGUUAGCACCAACCCUCUUGUAACCUCUGCCAAGUCUACGGCCCAGUACGCGGAACUUGAACAGAAUCUGACUCUUCUCGGUCUUGUUGGUAUGUUGGACCCGCCUCGUCCUGAGGUCGCUGGUGCCAUCAAGAAGUGCAAGGAUGCUGGUAUCCGUGUCAUCGUUAUUACUGGAGACAAUCGCAACACUGCUGAGAGCAUUUGCCGAUCCAUCGGUGUGUUUGGCGCGACCGAGGACCUCACUGGUAAGAGCUACACUGGCAGAGAAUUUGACAACCUCAGCGCUGGCGAGCAACUGGAAGCUGCCAAGAAUGCCUCUCUCUUCUCGCGUGUUGAGCCUAGCCACAAGUCCAAGCUCGUCGACCUGCUCCAAUCUCUCAACGAGGUCGUCGCCAUGACUGGUGACGGUGUCAAUGAUGCCCCAGCUCUCAAGAAGGCCGACAUUGGUGUUGCUAUGGGCUCUGGUACCGAUGUUGCUCGCUUGGCUGCCGACAUGGUCCUUGCUGAUGAUAAUUUCGCCACGAUCGAGUCUGCCAUUGAAGAAGGCCGAUCCAUCUACAACAACACUCAGCAAUUCAUCCGCUACUUGAUUUCCUCGAACAUUGGCGAGGUCGUUUCCAUCUUCUUGACGGCCGCUGUUGGCAUGCCCGAAGCUCUCAUUCCCGUGCAACUUCUCUGGGUCAACUUGGUUACCGAUGGUCUUCCCGCAACAGCUCUGUCCUUCAACCCACCGGACCAUGAUAUCAUGAAGCGAUCUCCAAGAAAGCGUGACGAGCCCCUUAUCGGUGGCUGGUUGUUCUUCCGCUACCUGGUCAUUGGAACAUAUGUUGGUAUUGCGACAGUGGCUGGUUACGCCUGGUGGUUCAUGUACAACCCUGAAGGUCCUCAGAUCACCUUCUCACAACUGGCAAACUUCCACCGCUGCUCGACCGAGUUCCCGGAGAUCGGCUGCCAGAUGUUCAGCAACGAUAUGGCCAAGUCCGCCUCUACCGUCUCUCUGUCCAUUCUGGUUGUCAUUGAAAUGUUCAACGCCAUGAAUGCUCUGUCCUCCAGCGAGUCUCUGUUGACCCUGCCUUUAUGGUCCAACAUGAUGCUCGUCUACGCUAUUGCACUAUCUAUGGCUCUGCACUUUGCCCUCCUCUACACACCCUUCCUGCAGACUCUGUUCUCGAUUCUGCCCCUGAACUGGUUGGAGUGGAAGGCUGUCUUGAUCAUCAGUGCACCUGUCAUCUUGAUUGAUGAAGCACUCAAGGCUCUCGAGAGAGCUUUCUUCAUACAGACGACGACAGACAAGGUGACCAAGGCGAAGAAGGAUCUGUAAAUCAAACGGAUUGCCAUAGACGCGAGAUCUGAUAUUAGAACUAGAUUAGAGCAGGAUGCAUCAUGGCUAGCGAUCAUUGUUUGUGACACGUCAUAGCAUAUAGUGACCUUGAGAGAAAUCAAGGAUCGACCGAAGCAAAGGAAACCUCGCCACCCUCGAU